AUGUCCCUGAAGAAUCAACUGCAAGAUUGUAUUAAACAAUCUUUCUCGUGGUAUUCCCCGUCGUGCACCAAGCUAAACAAAGUGCAGCUUCCCCAAACACUCAUCAAGUUAUCGGUCAAAGCAAGAGAUGUGUUCCUUCAUUGCCAUCUCUUGGAGCAUUUCGUUCGGAUCAAGUCCAAAGUCAAUGAAUGGGCAGUGAGAAAUGAGGUUGACGAGGAAGCAGCAUGGACGUGCUGCAUCAAUGCGAGCAUUAGUCGAAUGAUACAAUGGUUUGAAGCAUCGCUCUCAGGUCGUGUCAGUCUUGACACGCAUACUCCUCCACUCGAUGUUCUUCUCGUAUGGCAUACGUUUCUCCAAGAUCCAGUCGAGUGGACAGUCUUUGUCUACGCGACUAAACUCGUGUUCUCUCGGUGGAAUCUCGAUGCAUUGUCGACUGCCCUCCAGAGUGACGAGUCUGGAGAGUUCCGCCCCUCAUGGGAUUGCAUGAGUAAGAUUCAUCAGGUCUACAAGGAGCCAGACGUUCUUGCCUUUAUGAAUAUGGCGGUCGACUAUGUCGCCAACCGACAGGACCCUGAUGACAUGACGCAAAAAGUAAUAGACCUGUUCUACAGUAAACGGAUAUCACAUACCAUCACAACGGCGGACGGUGAAUGGGAUUUCCACUAUAAUUUCCAUUUAGUUGUGCAGCGUCAGUUUGAUCUGGCGGAGCGAGUUCUUCAAUUCUCCUGGCAUCGGAUGCACACGUCUUCUCUGGACAAUGAACGCGGAUUCGGACCCUCUGUCAAACGCUACAGGAGGCUCAUGACUCUAGCGCAGCGUCUAGGGCCAAUCGAAGAGCCGGAAGGAGCUCGUUUAGGCUUCACAUAUCUCGACAUCGAUCUUGUGUGGAGAACACACAUACUGGCGCCUAGGGAGUACCGUCGGUUCUGCAGUGACACAUUCGGGGGCCUAGUGCUCAACAUCCCAAGUCCCUCUCACAUUCCCAGGAAAGAGACCGCACUUCUCGAUCACACAUCUCUAGUAUACGAGCAGGCCUUUCAGGAGUCGUAUGCUGUAUGCCUUUGCUGGCCAUGUGUUGACGGAAGGCGAACAGCUGGUCCAGCCUCUUGGGUCUUGAAGUGCCUUACAAGGCCUGUAUUCGGCAAACAGAGGUCAGUAGAAGUCGACCCUCGUCGGGCUGCAGCUGUGAACAUUCCUCUCGCAUUCACAGGCAAACAAUGUUCCAGAUGCGGUUCGCACCCACGGAGACUCUGUCGGGAGAGGGAUAUUGCUAGAGGCCUAGAAUAUGAGCCGCUACUCCUUCAACGCCCGACCUUCCUUGGCCUGUUGAGGGAUGUGGUGUUUACCACUUACCCAACACCUCCCGACCCGAUGGAGCAUACCGCCCCUGCUGAGCCCAGAGACUCAGGAACAUUUCUGUUUCGUUCUACGACCUCUCGCCAGCACCCCUCACAGUCAUCUUCCUCGUCGACGGGCUCGAAGGUUUCAGAACCAGGCAUUUGGGACGGUAACAUCGACAGAGCCGGGGAGUCCCACGAAGGUAACCUUCAAAGUCCUGUGACCCCUGAUCUUACAGACGGCUCUACAUGCUCUUGUCACAGCGAUGACGAAGAGGUUCCCUUCAACACGCACGAACUUGCAUUAGACAUCUCGCGCGGAACGCACAUCCACUCCCCGUACCAUUCCAGAGCCCAGAGUGUGGUUGGACGGUCAAACUGA